AUGGUUACAGAUCACAAUAUCAACUGUUUAUACAAAAGUUUUGUCAAUUCUGAAUGCAGCAAAAAUGCAAUUCCAAACUUCCUGGCUUAUUUGUGGAUCAUUUUGUUCGUUGAAGCAUUGUGGCUUUUUAUUCUUGACAAUUUCUGGUUGAAAAUUCCUUUAACUUCGUCGGCAAUUGAAACAUUUGUUGAUCUUGUGAUGGCGUGUUACGAUUCACCUUGUCCUAAUUUUGAAGUCACUUUUGCACUAUUUCAGUCAAAUUAUAAGAAAACCACUGGAUAUGUGAGUAUCUUAAAUGAUGAUACUCCCAAAUUGAGCGAUGAACUCUAUAAUUUAGAUUUCCUUCCUGACUGUACAACUACUAAAUUUCGCCUAACAUCAAUUCCGAAAGGAGUUUUUGUUUUGACAGGGCUUGAAGAACUUCAUCUUAGUAGAAAUCUAAUAAAAAAAAUUGAUGUUGACAUUUUAGCUUUGAAGAAUUUAAAAGUCCUCAGGCUUGAUGUUAACAAACUUCAAACAAUUGCACCAAACUCAUUGACAAAAUUGGAGAAUUUCGAAUCUCUUGAUAUCGAUGGUAAUCAUAAAUUGGAAGUGGACGCUUUCCACCAGUCCCUUUCAUGUGCGAAUUUGCGCAACCUGGGAUAUCCUUAUCAACUUAAAGAAAGAAUAGAAGAUGAACUAAGUGAAACUGAAAAGGAAAAGCUAAACUAUUUUACCUUCCAGAAAAAUUCUAAAAAGAUUUUUCAGAGAGGGAAAUAA